UGCAGUUCGCUGGUUACUUUUUAUUACGAAACCGAUCUUUCGUAUCAACUCACUGUUUUAUUUAUUUUUUUUACAGCCUACUCACGGUCUUUUUUUUAAUUUGUGGGAUCAAGCUCUGAGGAUACACUAUGAGAUUCUUUAUUUUAUUAGUAAUUGUUGGUGCAGCAGUAGCCCAAAAUCAGUAUCAAAAUCAGGGCCGUCAACAACAGCAACAACAAUAUCAAGACGAUGACCAACAAAGGUCACAGAUAAAUGACAGACAAUAUUCUUCAACAACUUUUAUUCCAAUAUUGCAGUGGAAUAAAGAGCAGGAGCAUGAUGGAACAUACCGAACAAGCUAUGAAACCGGCAACAACAUAAUUGCUGAAGAGAGUGGAUACAUAAGGUCUACGGGGGAGGGUGAAGACAAGGUUGAUACUCUUGUACAGUCGGGAAGUUACUCUUACACAAGUCCUGAAGGUCAAUUAAUUUCUGUAACUUACACCGCUGACGAAACUGGAUUCCAUGCGAUUGGUGAUCAUAUCCCAACACCACCACCUGUCAGUGAAGAAAUCCAGAAAGGACUCGACCUUAUUUACGCUGGUAUCAAAAAGCAACAGGAGGAAGCGGCACAUGAUCAGCAACCACCAAAAGAAACGCAACUUUUGAGCCAACAACGUCUCGACCGACAAGAAGACAACAAAAAAUACCGUUUUUAAUAAAUUUAAUGAUAAGCUUAAAUAAUUAAAUUGUUUUAUCAAAUACAGCGAAAUGGAGACUACGAUAGUCAGACUAUCAGGUCGAUUUCAAUAAAUAUUUUUUUAUAACUAU